CUCCAAAUGUUAAGGUGGAAAGGAAUCCUCACAACCUCUGAGGAUGCUUGCCAGCCACAGAUGCAGGCGAAACGUCAGGAGAGAAUGCUCCUAGAACAUGGCCAUACAACCCGAAAAACCUGUAACAACCCAAGGAAUCUUUUUCCUGCCAUUGGAAGGGAAGGCACUCCUGCGGGUGGAUGGGGAACCCCCUUGGGAUGGUCUUUUCCAUACAAGGGAACCCCCUCUCCGGAAAAGGGGGUCCGUGGGGCACACAGUGGUUCCAAUGCUGGUGUUGCUCUCCCACCAGUGGGUCCCGAGAAAAGAGGCGUGGGCUUGGAGCGCCUCCCCCGCCCUCUGCGUCCCGAGGCCAAACUUCCUCGCCCGGCAUGAGUGCUCCUGCUCUCCCUCCUCCUCCUCGUCUUCUUCCCCGGCCUCCCUUCGCAGGAUGCGGGCGUGGGGCUGGCGGGCUCUCCGGCUCGUCCUGCUCUCGGGGAGCCUCCUCCUGGGCCUCCAGCUGGGGCUACGCCGCCCCGGAGAAGCCCAGCACCAGGCCGCGCCGGGCACGCAGUCCGAACUGCCUCCACCCCUCGCCGCCAAGGAGGCGCUUUCCCGCAGGAGGCAGGUGACCUAUCUGAGGAGCGGGCGGAGGAGGAAGGGCCCCGCGGAGGAGCCCACCUGCUGCCCCCCCAGGAAGGCAAUACGUUGGCGCAUAGACUUGCAACCCUGGGCAAGCUCACCAUCAUCGCUGAAGGAUGAAGCCCUCCGGCUCUUAAAAUAUAUCAGCACUACCCAGAUUUCAUGCAAUCGUAUGAACAUGAAAGAGCUGCCAGAAACCCCUGACAACCCAGCUAGGCCCUGGUCAGUCUGCCUGGAUGACAGGUUUAAUUUGGUUCAUCAAAUCCAGAAGAAGCAAUGCCGCCUGUAUUCACUGGGGCUGGGGAGUGAUGACGAUGAGUUUGAGAUCAGCAUGGCCAACAGUGGAUGUGAAGUGCACCGCUUUGACCCCAGUAUCCAACCAGCACAUGUAAGGAAAGGACAGCAUCUCUGGUACCACCGCCUGUCCAUAGACUGGCGGGAUCCCAACCCAAUGAUUGCAUCUCAUAAACUUCAUGCCAACACAAAGAAGCUUGGCACCAUAUUAAAUGACUUUGGACACCACAAGAUCGAUGUCCUUAAAGCAGAUAUGGAAAGUGCAGAGUGGAAAAUUUUGGAAAACCUGAUCUUGGAGGACAUUGUGGAACGGAUCGGACAACUGAUCUUUGAGAUCCAUGUGCACUGGCCUGGAUUUGAGGUCAGUGGCAAUGACAGCACUGUGGUCCGAUACUGGUACAGCCUCCUUAAAGAAUUAGAACUGAAGGACUUCAGGCUGUUUCACACUUACAAAGACUUAUUGAAACCACAGGUCUUUCUCAAAAGGGAAGCCUUCAAUGCAAGCAGUUGUUAUACACUGAGCUGGGUGAAUACAAGAUGGAAAUGGCAGGCUGGAGCACAACUGAACUGAAUUCUGAAUUUUCCCCUUUGACAGUAUGGUUGAAGGUAACUUUGGAGACAUGACAGACAUGAAGAAACAUCCAAGCAUAGAAGCAGUAAUAUUAAUACAAAGAAAAUGUUAUCAUUAUCUUCCCAAAGUGGAAAGGCCCAGUUUUCUAGAAGAGGAAACAGCUGGAUAUAGAGUACCUACUUAGACUGACAGGUCACAGGUUUGAAUCUGGGGAGAGCGUGGAUGAGCUCUCUGUCAGCUCUGGCUCCUGUGGGGACAUGAGAGAAGCCUCCCACAAGAUGGUAAAACAUCAAAACAUCCGGGCGUCCCCUGGGCAACAUCCUUGCAGACAGCCAGUUCUCUCACACCAGAAGCAACUUGCAGUUUCUCAAGUCACUCCUGACAUUUAAAAAAAUCUACUUUGUUUGCUUCAUGUGUGCACACAGCUGCAGAUCAUCUCAAGCCUAUUUGAAUUUUGUGCCACCACCAUUAGAGAUGAAAAAGGUAAAAUAUAGCAUGUAAUCAGUUGUUCCUUCUUGGAUAAAAAUAUGUUAAAAUGAAGAAGCUUAAAAUAUUACAUGUUUUUAAGUAAAUCAUGGUGGAUGGAGAGUUGAGGUUCUUGGGAUUUUAUCCUCUUAAAAGUCGACCCAGAGGUGGGAUCCACAAAUAUAUCUAAAACAGAACAUAAAUUCAAUAUCUGACUAGUUUGGAGAGAACCAAACUGCCUGAUUUGUACAAUGUAGUUAACAAGACUGACUAAGGCUCUGUCAUUUGUCAAUUGCACCCACUACAAAUGUGAGCAACUGCUCAGUCCUGGAAACUAGGGUUCCCAUGGAUCCCUAGCAUAUUCUGACCUGCAACUCUGGCUAAUGUGUUGUUUUAAAUGGCUGACAAGGAUGUGUCACUCUACUCUGUUACGGGCUCUCUUUAGCAAAUAAAAAGAACUCGUAAAACUGC